AUGCGUAAUCGGUCAACGACAAAUGAGGAUGUUGGAUAUUCAGACCGCUGGAUCUUUGACUUUGCUAAAAAGGUAUGUCCAGAUUCGGUCCCCGCACAAGAAUUCUCCCGAGAUACUUCAAAUGACACCGAGCUUUCUUUCUCGAUGGUGGACUUUUCAAUAGCUCUACUAUCGUGUAACAAUAAUGCCCCGGGGCCGGAUAACAUCAAGUUUGCCCUGCUCAAAAACUUGCCUGACUCGGCUAAGAAACGCUUGUUGAAUUUAUUCAACUGUUUCCUCGAACAAAACAUUGUUCCGCGCGAGUGGAGACAAGUUAAAGUCGUCGCUAUCCAGAAGCCUGGUAAACCAGCUUCAGACCAUCAUUCGUAUCGACCAAUUUCUAUGUUGUCCUGCAUACGAAAGUUGCUCGAGAAAAUGAUCCUUCGUCAUCUUGAUAACUGGGCCGAAGCAAACCAGUUGCUCUCGGAAACACAGUUCGGUUUUCGCCGAGGCAAAGGAACAAACGACUGUCUAGCGCUGCUCACAACGGAGGUGGACAUCGCUUUCGCCAAACGUCAACAGAUGACCUCGGUUUUUCUGGACAUUAAAGGAGCGUUUGAUUCAGUUUCCAUCGAUGUCCUGUCAGAGAAACUUCACCGUAGUGGUCUUUCACCCAAGCUGAACAAUUUCUUAACCAACUUGCUACGUGAAAAACACAUGAGUUUUGCGCACGGUUCUUCGUCGACGUUGAGAUUUAGCUACUCGGGUCUCCCCCAGGGUUCAUGCCUUAGCCCACUUCUGUACAAUAUUUAUGUCAGCAGUAUUGAUGAUUGCCUGACAUGUAAUUGCACAUUGAGGCAGCUUGCAGACGAUGGCGUAGUGUCGGUAGUAGGCACGAACGGCAAAGAUAUGCAAAAGCCUCUGCAAGACACCCUAGACAAUUUAUCUGUCUGGGCUAACGACCUGGGCAUUGAAUUUUCGGUGGAAAAGACAGAGAUGGUUAUUUUCUCGAAAAAACGCGAUCCCGCUAAAUUCCAGCUUCUGCUAGAUGGCAAACCAAUUACCCAUUCGAUGUUUUUCAAAUACCUAGGGAUCUUUUUCGAUUCCAAAGGCACAUGGGGUAAACAUAUUGGUUACCUGAAACAAAAGUGCCAGCAGCGAGUAAAUUUUCUUCGCUCGAUUACUGGAACUUGGUGGGGUGCUCAUCCUCUCGAUUUGAUCAGAUUGUAUAAAACAACUAUCUUAUCGGUGAUUGAGUACGGAAGCUUUUGUUUCAGAUCCGCUGCCAAAACACACAUCCUUCAGUUAGAAAGAAUUCAGUAUCGGUGUUUACGUGUAGCUUUGGGCUGCAUGCAUUCUACUCAUACGAUGAGCCUUGAGGUAAUAGCUGGAGUGCUACCUCUUGCCGAACGGUUCUAUGAGCUCUCACUUCGACUUCUGAUACGCAGUGAAGUAAUGAAUCCGCUCGUAAUCAACAAUUUCGAAGCGCUGCACAGUUUAGAAGUGCAUACAAAGCGCAUGUUCCCUUAUUACGACUACUUAACGCUACCUAGUCCAUCAAAAAUAAAUCCUGCUGAAAAUAUCCCACUGCAUUUUAACAACCCACAGAUUACUUUUGAUCUAACCAUGAAACAUUUCACACAAGGUAUCCCUGAUCACCUGCGACCGUCGAUUAUACCAGCUAUUUUUUCGGCUAACUAUAAUCAUAUCGAUCAAGACAAACAAUUCUUCACCGAUGGAUCAAGUAUUGAUGGAUCAACAGGUUUCGGAGUAUUCAACGUGAAUCAUAGUGUUUUUCGCAAAUUGGAAGAGCCAUGUAGUGUGUAUGUUGCAGAGCUGGCAGCAAUACAUUGUGCUCUUGGCCUAGUAGAGGUUCUGCCUUCUGCCAAAUACUUUAUUUUUUCGGACAGCCUCAGCUCUAUUGAAGCUCUCCAAUCAAUGAAACCGACCAAGUACCCUUCGCAUUUUCUGUUGGAAAUACGAAGGAGUCUUCGUGCUUUGGUCGACCAGUCAUUCCACGUGACAUUUGUGUGGGUCCCGGCCCAUUGCUCAAUACAGGGCAAUGAAAAAGCAGACGAACUCGCCAAAAAAGGUGCAACCGAAGGCAAUGUCCUCGAAAGGCCUAUCACACAUUUUGACUGUAACGAGAACUGGGAUUUCCUUGUUGCAGAUACACCAUCCGUCACGAGAUUCGACGUCGGCGCGCACGAGGGAGUUGCGCCAUACCACCCAACGAGCGAUCCAUCCCAAGGACCACCAAUCAGCGUAAUGGACCACCGGUUGCUGCCACACCUGCCAGGAAGAAAAGCGGACGAUUCGAUAAGCGGACGCGCCACCUAG